AUGCCCCAUGCCCUGAGCAUGCCCGCCCCGGGCUUCCAGGCAAUCAUACUCUGUGGCCCCGGGUCUUCGUUCCCAACCUUCACAGCAAAUCCAGAUGAGAAUCCAAAGGCUCUUAUACCGAUCGCAAAUCGGCCCAUGGUGUGGUAUCCCAUUGAUUUCUGUUAUCGUAUGGGCAUCACAAACAUUACUUUGAUUGCCCCACCUUCGUCGGCUCCAGCUAUCAUAACUGCACUUAACACAAAUCCCCACCUCACCAGUCUUCCACUACCCAAGCCAGACCUGUUAGCACCUAAGGACCUCGAUCAGAAUACAGGAACAGCCGAGAUCUUUCGCUUACCUGAAGUCCGCGCCAUUGUUCAAGGCGAUUUCAUUGUGCUGCCAUGUGACCUGAUCUGUGAGCUUGGCGGAGAAUCGCUACUGGAGUCAUGGAUGGUCAAAGAAGCUGGUCUUGGUGGUGCGACUGGUGGUGGGCAAGAGUUCACCGGUCCCAAGAUGGCUAUCGGAGGUGAGAAGGGAGGUCGGAGAGGUGGCCUAGGGGUUUGGUAUGAGACCAAGGGAGAGACCGUUAUCAAGGGCGAGGAGACUGACUUCAUUGCAACCUCGCCCAUAGAAGCGGGUCCUGUUCCUCCUUCGAAAAACUCUCUCCUCGAUCAUGUUUCCAAACUGGUGUACUCUGUCCCCACAGAUACAUUGAACGAUAUCACCGAAGACAAGAAGAGUCUGCCCAUCAGACAUAGUCUGAUCCGGGCACAUUCUCGAAUUCGGAUGCUGAGCUCACACCGAGAUGCUCACAUAUACAUUUUCCCUGCUUGGGUAAUGGACAUGAUCAAUAGUAAUGAACACAUGGACAGUAUUGGAGAAGAUGUCAUCGGAUGGUGGGCCAAAGCUGGCUGGCAAGAUGGUCUCGGAGAGAAGCUCGGCCUCACCAAGAUUCUCUCCCCUUCUCGUCUUGAAGUUUCUGAUGACAACCUCCUCGAAAAUAGCCCAGACCAUGACAACAUUGACUUUGCCAGCCUUAGUACAACCUGGACGUCAGCUCUCGAGUCUGGGGAACAUGACAAUACCAAGCAGAAGCUCGUCAUUCCUCCAAUUUUAGCAUACAUUCACCCUAAAAAUACCGGCCUGAUCCGACGAGUCGACACCGCCCCUCUGCUCCUAUCCGUGUCCCUCCAACUGGCCAAACUUGAAGCCAUCGAAGCUGUUGGCCGUGAAGCUUCCUCCCCUUUUGCACACCAGUCCAAGGUGGCAUAUCCCGAAGGUAUCGCUUCGAGAACAACCGUCACCCGACCAGACUGUCUGCUGGCGGAAAAUGUGAUGGUGGAGGAGAAAUGCUCGAUCAAAGAAUGCGUCAUUGGAGCCAAUUGCCAGAUUAAGCAAGGUGCAAAGCUCACUAGAUGCUUGCUCAUGGACGGCGCGGUGGUGGGAAAGGGCUGCAAGCUCACAGGAUGUAUUUUGGGGAAGAGGUCAGAGAUUGGGGAGGACAGCACGUUGACCGAUUGUGAAGUGCAGGAGAAUCUGUUGGUUGAACCAGGAACCGAAGACAAAAACAACAAGCUCAUGAGCUCAGAAGGGUUGGAAGCUACAGAACAGGAAAUCCAGGAAUCCUUUGAGAACGAGAACGAUGCAGUAACAGAUGAAGGAGGCUUAGAUCUAGGUAGCACUGCAUAG